GCAGUCAUCUUGUGGAAGAGAGGAGGGGCGAGAGAGAGAGCGAAAGAAAGAGUUACACACACUCAACUGGAAUUCCAAACCUUACGCUGUCAUAUCCAAGCAGAGACCUUCAAGGAAGAAUGGCCGAGACCCAGACACUUAACUUUGGACCAGAAUGGCUCCGUGCUCUGUCUGGAGGUGGAAGAGGCGGCGGCAGCGGAGGAAACGGCAGUAGCAGUGUUGCCUCACCACCUCUCUCGCCCGCAUUGCCAAAGUACAAACUUGCAGACUAUCGUUACGGAAGAGAAGAAAUGUUAGCACUUUAUGUAAAAGACAACAAGAUCCCUAUAGACUUGCAUGAUAAGGAGUUCCUGCCCAUAUUGCAAGAGGAGCCCUUGCCGCCUCUUGCACUUGUUUCUUUUACAGAGGAAGAACAGAGAAAUUUUUCCAUGACUGUAAAUAGUGCUGUUGUACUCCGACGAGGACCCGGUCCAGUAGUGGGGGCACCUCGGGGCCGAAGUACCUCAAGGGGCAGAGGCCGAGGAAGAGGAGACGGAGGGUUUUACCAAAGAAGUUUUGAUGAUGUGGAAGCUUUCGGCCGUGGGGGCAGGGAGAUGCAUCGCUCCCAGAGCUGGGAGGAAAGGGGAGAUAGAAGGUUUGAAAAGCCAGGACGGAAAGACCCAGACAAUGCCCAAGGACAUUUCCAAAUGAAUCAUGUUCGAAACAACUAUGAUGAUACUGGGGCGGGCCUGCCGAGGAAACACGACUUCACACGGUCGGAGAGUGAGAACUGGCGUACCUCUCGUGACGAUCAGAAUGAUGGGCCUAGAGGUGGAGUGUGGCAUCUGGAGCAGCGGCGCCGUGUCCCGUUUGACUCACGAGAGGAUGAACGCGGCUACCGGAGGCCACGGUUGGGCAGUGGCAGCCUAGAUGACGACAGGGACACUCUGCCUGAGUGGUGUCUGGAGGACGCGGAUGAGGAGGCAGGCACCUUCGACUCGUCGGGUGCCUUUCUCUCACUCAAGAAAGCCUCCAAAGAGCCCAUCCUGGAGGAGGCAGAGUUGGAUUUUAAACCCUUGGAAGAGUGUGAGGAGGUGCUAGAGGAAGAAGACAGUCAGCCCAAAGAGACAGAAACAGAGGCCAAGCAAGAUUCUGACCGAAAAGUAUUCACAGGAGUGAGUGGGGUGUCUGAGGAGGCGCCAUCUGUUCCUUCGCCUGCCCCUCCACCAAUCCCAGAGGCCAAGACUACUCCCAAGUCUGUGCCGCCGAGCCAUCCCAACAGAACGGAGGAAUCUGAGAGGCUGACGGAAAGGCAACUGCCCCUAGAGCGACCACUAGAACCCUGCAAAGUUCCCCUGCAUAUAACCAUGUUGAACAGCAUGCCACUACCCAUGACCCGUAUCUCCACCACCCACACAGACGUUCGGACACCAUCAUCCACCAUGCAGAAGCCCAUGGAGGUUCCUGUGGCCAUGAACAACCCCCUGCCCUUUUCUUCAUGUGUGUUGGCCCCCAUAGCCAGGCCCAUCGUCAUGUCACAUGACACAGAGGAAGAUGAGGGGUUGAAGCACUUUGAGCAGGAAGCAGAGAAGAUGGUGGCUUACCUGCAGGAUGGCGUGGUGGAUGAUGACAGACUUGCAGCAAAAACCUCUGAAAAGCCCAAACCUGCAGGCCUGCCGCUCACCCACAAGGCGGCACUCAAAUGGUUUUACAAAGACCCUCAAGGGGAAAUACAGGGACCAUUCAGCAACCAGGAGAUGGCAGAAUGGUUCCAGGCAGGUUACUUCACCAUGUCGCUCCUGGUUAAAAGAGGCUGCGAUGACAUUUUUCAGGCCUUGGGGGAGAUGAUGAAGAUUUGGGGGAGAGUCCCAUUCACUCCAGGACCUGCGCCACCACCUCUCCAGGGGGAUGCCAAUCAAGAAAGGUUGAAGAGGCAGCAGGAGCUCACUGCUCUCAACCUUUACCAGUUGCAGCAGCUACAAUAUCAGUACCUGUUAAGGCAGCAGUAUGCUCAGGCCCUCGCCCAGCAGAAGGCUGCAGUCCUGAGCUCGGCUCCUCUUCAACAGCAGCAACAACACCAACAGCAGCUCAACCUGCUUCAACAGCAAUACCAGGCUCUCAAGAUAAGAACAUCUGAGAACCUUCUGCCUCCUGUUUCACGUUCCCUGUCUGUACCCGACUCAGGUUCUGUAUGGGAAAUGCAGAACCCGUCCUCUCAGGCUUGCUGCACACCAAACCUCCCCCCAGCUACUUCAAGCACAUGGGAUGGCAACAGUGUGUGGGACUUGCCCAUAGACUCCAUGGCAAAGGCGCCUACCAUCGAGCAGAUGCAGCAGUUAGAGAAAUCAAAGGCUGCAAAGUUGGAACUGGAGAGGUGUGAAGCCGAAAUGAGAGCCAAAAGGGAAGAAGAAGAGCGAAAGCGUCUGAAGGAGGCUCUGCGGGCUCGUCAAGAGGAAGAGCGUAAGCGCCUAGAGGAGGAGGAGUUGGCGAGACAAAAACAGGAGGAAGCUCUGAGACGACAGAGAGAGCAGGAGGAGGCACAUAGGAGAAAAAAGGAGGAGGAAGAGAGAGAGGCACAGGAGGAAGCCCUGCGAAGACUUGAAGAGAGGAGAAGAGAAGAGGAGGAGAGGAAGAAAAGGGAGGAGUUCCUUCGCAAACAGGAGGAGGAGCGCAGAAAACAAGAGGAGCUGGAAGCAUUAAGGAGGCACGAAGCGGAGAAGCGGGCAGAGGAGGAGGCGGCGGCGGCGGCUGCGGCUGCUGCUGCUGCUGCUGCUGCUGCUGCUGCUGCUGCGGCGGCAGCGGCAGCGGCUGCCCUGGCUGAGCAACAGCAGGAGGAGCAGAAGAGGAGGGACCAGGAGGCGCAACGACAGCAGGAGCUGCAGAGACAGAGGCAGCAGCAACAGGAGGCUCUCAGGAGACUGCAACAGCAACAGCAGCUUGCACAAAUGAAGCUUCCGUUGUCAUCAAAGUGGGGCCAGCAGUCUGCCAACACUAACAACAAGAAUCAGAACACCCUGUCACUGGCAGAGAUCCAGAAGCUGGAAGAGGAGCGGGAAAGACAGGCACUAGAAGAGCAGCAGCGCCAGCAGCAUGAGCUCCUGAAACUGCAGCAGCACCAGGCUCUGCAGCAGGCCCAGCAGGCCCAGGCCAAGCUGUCGGGAUGGGGGCAUGCCGCCAAGCAGGCGCCUGUUAUGAAGUCCCUUCUGGAGAUUCAGAGGGAGGAAGCGCAGCAGAUGAAACAGAGGAAGGAGCAGCCGCCACAGCAACAGCAACAACAGCAGCUGCAGAAUCCCAUCUUUACCCAGCCGACCCGACCGCAAAACAGAACUGCAUCUCUGAGCAACUCCGUGUGGGGCUCGGUGAACACCAGCCCCUGCUCAAACUGGGCGGUGGACGCGAGCAGCAUCUGGGGCGACACCCACAACUCCAACAUGGGCUUCUGGGACGAGGCUGUGAAGGAGGCCGUCCAACAGCCUCCCCCCACUAGGAAAGGAAAUGCGCAGAAAAACAAGGGCAAUGCCAAUCACAGUCAUUCUUUGAGUGGGCGUGCCAACAAGAAGGUAGAGGAGGAAGAGAAGCUGCUCAAAUUGUUCCAAGGAGUCAACAAGAGCAAGCAGGACAGCUUCAUGCAGUGGUGUGAGCACACUCUGCACAGCCUCAACACAGCCAACAACCUGGAUGUUCCCACGUUUGCGUCGUUCCUGAAAGAAGUGGAGUCUGCAUACGAGGUCCACGACUACGUCAAGGCCUACCUGGGGGACACUCCUGAGGCCAAGGACUUUGCCAAGCAGUUCCUGGAGCGCCGUGCCAAACAGAACGCUAAUCAGCAAAAAACGUCACCGCUGCCGCAGAACCAACCGCAAGCCCUGAAACAGCAGCAGGAUUCUGUGUGGGAUGGAACGGGAUCAUCAACACUCUACCAGGCCAACCGUACAAGCGGUCAACAGAAUCAGCAGCAACAGCAGCGCUUUGAGACUGUCACCUCAGGAAAGAAGAAAAAGAAGCAGAAGAUGGUCCGUGCAGAUCCUAGCCUUUUAGGUUUUUCUGUUAACGCAGCUUCUGAGAGAUUGAAUAUGGGGGAGAUUGAGACUCUGGAGGAUUUUUAAGGGAAUGCAGCCAACACCCACUGACUGUUUCAACCAAGCCCCUAACUCGAACCCAACCCCCUCUCAACCCACUCAUACUGUAGUUCACCUUUUUCUCUAAGGUCUUAUUUGGCAAUAUCUAAAAUUUAGCAAAUAUCAGAAAUAAGUGUCCUCUGAGGCUGUGUGAUUUCCAUUAGGUCUAACUCUAGUCCAUACAAUCAGAUAAUUCUGCCACAGUCGUCAGAAAUAUUUAUCUUCCAAUUUGGCCUUUUUUUUUUUUUUUUUUUUUU